AUGGGGUCUCGUCUCGGAGAUACCGAGGCGGUGAUCCAUCCGGCCAGUGGAACCGAGUUAUCGUGCGUGUUGAGAUGCACACACGGACACCCUCACCUACUUUAGACGGCCGACCGAGGCGGUUACCAGGGUGUGGCCGCUAGGCAGAGCCUAGCUUCGGGGAGCCACAUGUGAGAGUUGGAUGCCAGUUAAUGGACGCUAGGCGUAGUCAACACCUGCAAGCAAGUGAGCGGUCUACCACGACCGUCACGUGGACCCACAACUGGACAUCUCUACACCCCGAAGUCACACUCGAAUACUUUGUUAGAGACAGAAUCAGAUGAGGAUAGGGAGUCGCAAACGUGCUGCAGUAUUUGCAGGAUGCAUUUCCAACGCCACUGCAUGCUUGUAAAAAUUGACAGUUGUCGAAUUCAUUGGAAUUCCACGUCAGGCGAUAACUGUCGGACUCGUCAGGGUUUACAGUAUGCAGUUGAUAAGCACCUGCAUGCUUGUCAUAAUUAGCGACCCCCGCGCUCACCGCAGGUGGUUAAACGUGGUGCGAAAAUGACAUAGUUGUACGCAGUCGGGUCGCUCAUUGCCGGAAUUGUAUCACAAGCGGGUUCUUGAGUCAUUUGGCCGGCCGACACUGACCGACUCCUUUGCCUAGGCAAAGUCUUGACGCGGAAUGUGGAGGGGGAGGUCACUGCGUCAGUUACUCGACUGACAACCGGAAAACCAUGACUCUAACAGUUCGCGACUUACAUAGUUGCCACCUCCCGCGAGAAUUUCGGCCUCAUCAAACCUGGGGUGUGGCUGAGCCCCGUCGAAUAAGCCGCGACUUGAAAUCUGCCGUCGUUUUUCCUUCACUUCUUCUGCGUGUUCGGCCAUCCGUGUCAAGAUUAAUCUCCAGGCUCCUUAACAUAGUUGUUCUGCCCACAAAUGGGCCAGACUCGGUAAAUGACUGCAAACGUUUCUUUCCGUGGCAGUGGGUUUUUCGUCCAGCUAUGCCCCAUCGUUCCUUCUUCUUUCUACUCCCCCAAAAGGAAUGGUUUUUACGCCCACUUUCCCGGUCUUUUCGCCAUAGACCCUUCUAAUCCCCGACCCUUGGAAAUAGAUAAUUGUGCGCGUUGGAAGUGCCAAACUGCAGAAGUUACGGUUUGACCAAAGGUCAUCAUGACCUAUUUGCGUAUGCAAAUUAUGGUCUCCGUAGUUAGGAAUAAGUAGGCUGCUGCAUGCGCCAUUCCGCUAACAGCUCUGGCCGCGACCACAGGAUUAGCGUGUUGGCAUCGACGUGUGCGGUGGUAGUUCACUCCUACCCGCUGAAAGUGGAUGCCGCCCCGACGAAAAUGUGUGCAACAGGCCAUAAGUGGGUGUGCGCUCGCUUGGCAUUUUGCGUGUGUGUGCAUUCUUAUAAACACGGGGUGAAAACCCGCACGAGCUUUCAUCAUCUGCUUGUUGUUGGCGAAUUCGAUCAUUCCCCAUCUGUGGACCGGUAUAUGCCCGUGCCAAGGUUUGGUUUGACCUGCAAUUUAUUGAACUUACGCACAUAUUAACAAACUAAAAUCACGUCGGUUGGGCGCAGGCAUGUGAAACCUACGCGACCCAUAUGGAGCUAUCGACAAAAAACGGGGGUCGAAAACCCAGUGACAUAAAAAGUAGACCAUUUUAACAGUAUAAAAACUGUCAGUAUUACUAGCAUGGGAGGUUAAACGAUGGCUCCGUUCAACGCAGGCGAAGUAGUUCUUUAGUUUUGCAUAUGAAUGGGCUCUAGAUUCACGUCCUUAAAGUUUUCCUUUAAUCAGCAAGUCUCAGUCAUAUAGCUAUUUGUACAAAGAUAUUCCGAAAUUUCAUCAUAACGUUAUGAAAUAUGGAAGAGACAUUUGUCGUAUGGCAAUAACCAUUCACUGACAGAAAGACCGGAAUGGUUGACUUUCCUCGUUUCAUGUUCGGACGCCCGACUUAUAAAUUAUGGAUUUGACGGCGGCUAUCCACGAGCUGCUUGUUAAUGAGCAUACCUUGCUAACCCGAUGCUCGACCAACUGAGCCACAGACUCGUUCCCCUGUGGGUUGCGAUCGGGAGUAUUAACUUAUCUUGGGCGUGCGUUCGUUGGUCGCACAGCGACUAGGAAUGUAUACUAAAGAUAUACCGACAAAGAUAAUGGAGACUGAGGUGGGUAUUUCCGGCCUAUUAGCCGUUGUCAGCCGGUCCCACCAAAACGCGGGUUUGCAGGACCUGAGUUUCCGUUGUUUUUUCCGCUACGGCUGUCAGGACAUAUUUCUAGUCGCUAUGCGGCUGCCUGCGAGGUCUCCAGAUUGAGCCCCAAGGCAGCACCGGACGUGCAUGUCCUGUAACCCGACCGGCAAACACGCGCCCAACAUGAGUGAAUAUCCCCGAUCGCAACCGACAGGGGAACGAGUUUGUGGCUCAAUUGGUAGAGCGUUAGACUUAAUAACACGUAACAACAAAAGAACGCGUGUUCCAGGCGUAGGAUACGCAAACCUAGGCUUGGGAAAGGCUGACUAACGACUGCUGAUAAGCCAGAAAUGGCCAUCUCAAUCUCUCUUUUCCCUAUCGAUGGCCUUUAUUUGCAAUUUGACACUUGCUUGCAUGUUAGAUAAACCUUAUCGAAUUCUGCGUCGAUUGUAUCCGAAUCUGUGGAAAGAGUCAUUUCGAAAUUACCGUCAUAGGGCUCAGAUGAAACUGGCACACAGAGUAAACUUCGGAGUAAAUUACUUAAUGAUAGUUUGGUCGUCGCGGACGACGUCGUGCAAUUCCUGCUCUACGGAAUGGGCGCAGCACCAGCGACUUCGCGUGACUUAAUUUAUGGAGGAACAGACUUGCGCAGCAUCUACCGCACCUUCUCCUUCCUCACCCAAAUUGCUCCGAGAACAAGACAAUGUCAUUGUGAUAGGAGCCAAAAAGCAAGCCCCGGGAAGCAGUUGUGAAGAAGGAGAUUCGAUCGCUGGAACAAGAAUUGUCUUCGUCGGACUUUUCAGGUUCUCACUCGAACCCGUCAUCCAAGACAGCCACAGAUUAUAAUGAUGGACGCACCCGAGUGUGGUAUUUAUGGGUUGCAGUUGUCAUGUCAUCUCAUAUCUACAUCAGCCGACAACUCCCACUUUCACCGUCGGUGCACGUAAUUGAUGUGAGAAAUGUGAGCUCGUCCUCAUCCAUGUCAUUAGUUGCCACAUUUUCGUCGCCAGUUAGUCGGUGGUGUGAUUACUCGGCCUUCUGAUACUGCCACUGGAAGCGGUGUUAGUCCGCACCCACCUCAUUUGGCUAAUUACUCAGGCAAGGAUUCAGAAAUGAGGUCGUUGUCCUUGUUGUUGGACUGCUGGCCGGAGAACCAUGGCUGAAGCAGCUUGCGGCUUACGCGGUUCUCACCACUCAAAAAAGCUCCAAACUAAUCGAACGUCAAGGUAUUACUGAGUCCCAUCGAACGAACUGCAACCGUGCAACUGUUGUCAUUCCUCCUUGAUGCUGCUGUUUGUUCAGUCUUCCUAGUUCAGGUUAAAUCCCCGUUUCCCGGCGUAGUUGAUAUGCUCCCAACUGCACCAUACCUGGUAAACAACUCCAGACGUUUCCUGCUGGGCAGUGGAUAUUUCGGCCUCAUUACUUGGCAUCUGGCAGUUACCUCUGGUCCGUGCAAAAAUCCAACUACAAGUGUUGAGUACGCAAGGGAGAUGAGAGACCAGGCUACCUCGACCCAAACUUUUGGCGGGAGGUCGCGCUAGUCAAGGGCGCCUCAGAAGCCGUCAGUCACCUUCUCACAUUAGUUGGAGUUCGAGUUUCAUACGGAUCAAAGACAAGCUUGCAGUUGACCACUGAGUGACAAAAUCCACUGUCAGAUGCCAUCUCACUCUCCAGCUUUCGCCUCAGAGAGUGGUCCUCGUGGCUAGCGCGAAUGUUGAAAAAUGACUGCAUUAGGAGAAGACUGUGGCUUGGUUCAUGAGAUGAGGAAUUAGUCACGUUAGCAAAACUGUAUGAACACCCGAAAAAUUGAGGGGAAUGGCAAUCUAAUCGAAGAACCGUUGCCUAAAAAGUUCCAGAAAUUGAGAUGGUCGCUUCGGUCUUACUUUUCGCCGUUAAUGAAGCGUGACCUAAACCCAGGCCAGGAAGAUGUCAGAUUUUGACCUGGUCAGUCGCUCGAACAAUUUUGCCACGAGCUCCAACUGAGAGCUGUGAUCCUACAUACGCGAAGUCACGCGGGAACGACGUUCACCAAUCUGUUCUGCCUACAGGACGGAAUACGAAGUUCCGCUUCAUCUUUGUGCUCAGUUGUCCUCCCAUAUGUUAAUCAGACGCGAAGGCGAUGACGCUGCGUCUCAUUGUCGUGGUUUAGUGUGAGGUCCAAGGACACUGGCUCGGCCAAUCAGCGGACAUGCAGAUGCUGAUUGUGAUCGGCAGUCAUACGACACACGGUCCGAAACGUUUGAACUGAUGCGGUCAGCAAAACAGCAGAAGUUUGCCUUCUCCGCGGGUGACAGUGGGCUCAGAACGCACACGUAACAGUGAUCGCCACUCCAUAUUCCUUAUGAUAAUCUCAACCGCCUGCAGGUCGUUGAAACAAAUGUGAAAUGACCUCGAGUUCGACCAACGAAUUAGUUCGGCCAUGGGUUACGUUGUUGUUGUUUUUGUUGUUGGGUGAGUAAGACCUUAUACCUGAAUCGUUCAUCUCGUAGACCAAGCCAUAGUCUUCUCCUACUGGAAGUAUUUUUCAACGUUCUUGCUAAUCGUGAGAGUUCUUCUCUGAAACGAAGGCGGGGAGAGCAAGAGUGCAUCUGAAGUAGGACGGUGUCGCACAGUGAUCAACUACAAUUUUGCGAAAGGGCUGCUAUGAACAGCUAUCUUAAGUUGUUUUUGAUGAAUGCGUUGCCUUCUUUACUUCUGCACCGUAUUAGUUAGUUUACUUGACAGCUUCAAAUGGGGGCGUUUAUGCCGUACCCUGCAGAGCCGUCACGUGACGCCGUGAGGUCAUUCUGCGCCCUACCUAACACGCAUUAGCACAUCAGCAAAAAUCAUCAGUGCACACCAGUCAUAGUCCACUCCUCUCGCUGAUUGGUUCCGUCUGCAGUCUGUACAUAUCUGCCUCGACAUUUUUUGUUCAGUGGCCAUCGACUUCACCUCCGCGGACGUUGGCUGCUGAACAGAGAUGAAUUCUUGCCUUGUUCAAUUUCCGAGGAAAUUAAUGCGCGAACUUGAAGUACAUCUUUCGAAGCGGGCCUUUUCAGGCACGGUCGAAAGUUUGAUAUGAAUAUUUGAGCUGAAGUCCAUCAGCUACUUCCGCAGUUCGUGAAACCGACACGUUCGGACUUUCUACCUUGAGAAUUUGCAGUGCUCUGAAAGUGUAUUUGCCCCAAGUUCGAGUCAAGGUGCACUUUCAAACAGUUAGAAACUAUGCGGAAGCUGCUUCUCAUAGCAAUUUCUGUGCUACAACAUGCUUGCUCAUGACAUCCGAAUGGCAAAACAGAAAAAAUGUGUCAGUGUCUCAACCUUAAUUUCUCUAUUAUCAGGACUUGAUGACUAAAUACUGACACCUGAUGGAAGCGCUGUACUCCACUAAAUGAAAUCUGCACCUCGUAUGCACAAAACUAAAUGAUGGCACACUGCCACGGGAACCAAAAACAGUUUUCGAAACAUAACUAAACCGGGAAAGUGUCAGGCAUAAUCGCCUGCAAUUUAAAAUUUUCUUAGGUGGUUUUCCGAAAGUUAAUCAUUAGAAAGCUCCGUGAUAUUUGCAGCUUUUGCGGUUGUUCAUUCUGCCCCGUGAUCUUAGUAUUAGUGAUGUUACCAUUAGUAAUAUUAUUGGCAGUCAUGGUACGCGCAGUACCACUGAAAAACGGUAGUGUUGUCGGCGAAAUUCCCCUCUCACCGAGGAUAUAUUCGUUUAUGAGAGAGAGAGAGAGAGCUGUCUGUGAGCUUGAUUAAGAAGAAGAAGACAUGCAGAACCAGCACCAUUCCCUCACUGUCGCUCCUCCUGUUUCAUUGAGAAUAUAACCAUCGGUGCAUCUAUAUGAUAACGAAGCGGUCAGUCUUUUCAGCCUGAAAUGGAAGAACUUCUAGCUGAAUGUCGGGUAAGAUCGCAGUUCGGAGCCAGACAUUAUGAGUUGAUACUAUCGACGAUCUGACCCUUACCGAGGAAAGUUGUUAACAAUAGGUGUGUUUCUACCAAGUUAGGCAGUUAGCCUGUUUCGGUCAGGUUGUUGGGAUUAGUGUGAGGGUUAGGGUUAGGCUUAGGAUUAAGUUUUAGGGUUAGGGUUUGCGUUUUGGGCCUAAGGUUUUAGGGUUAAGGUUAGGUGUAAGCUCUACGGUUAAGGUUAGUGUUAGGUUCAAGUGUUAAGAGUAGGGUUACGGUUAGGAUUUUCUGGUUAGGGUUAUGGCUUUGGGUUAGGUUUUAGGAUUGAGGGUAGUGUUCAGGGUUAAGGUUAGGGUUAGGUUUUAGUGUCAACGUUAGGGCUGGGGUUUAGGGCUAGGACUAGGAUUUUUGGUCAUGGUUAGGGCUUUAGGGUUAAGUGUAGGGUCCGGUUUAUGGUUAGGGUUAGGAUUAGGUUUUUGUGUUAGGACUUAGGGUUAAGGCUAGGGUUGGGGUUUAUGGUUAGGUUAAGCGUUGAGGUUAGAGCUAGGGUUUAGGGUUAGGUUUUAUGGUGAAGGUUAGGGUUACGUUUUAGGGUCGGUUGUUUGGUUAGGGUUUUACGCAUAGAGUUAGGGUUUAUGUAUUAGAUUAGCUUCCCCAUUCCGGGCUACGAACUGCUAUUUGACCGAAUGUCGUCCAGUCUAACAUUGUCCGUGUUAAUUUGGAAUCUCCCCCAACCCAACGAAGUGGAGUUGGUGACGCCAGUACCAGAUCGUCCACCCAGUUCCAACUGCCCACUUGAAGGAACUCAUUCCUAAAUGAUUGUAUCCCGUUCCCCAGAAUGGGAAUGAAGUGAACUCGGUGCUCAAAUAUUUCUCGUGUUUCCGCCUGUCCCUCUGUGUGGGCAUGCAGGUGCAGCCUACGUCUAGCGUCUAGCGCUCACCAUCUUCAUUUCAACAAUGAACUAGCUCAACGGCUAGACAACCUUCCAAUCGCUGCCGCCGACAACGCCGCCGCCACUGCCGAGAACGCCGCCGUGGAGAACCGCUGGUGUCAACUGCGAGACACGGUCCAGUCGACGGCACUCGCCGUCCUCGGUCGCGCUCCCCGCCAACACCAGGACUGGUUCGACGACAACGACGCCGCCAUCAGAAACCUGCUUGCUGAGAAGAACCGCCCACACAAAGCCUACGCAGAUCACCUCACUGAGGAGAACAAAGCUGCCUUCUACCGCAGUCGCCGCCAGCUUCAGCAACGACUGCGCGAGAUGCAGGACGCCUGGACUGCUCGCAAAGCUGAGGAGAUCCAAGGCUACGCGGACCGCAACGAGUGGAAGAACUUCUUCUCUGCGAUCAAAGCUGUCUACGGUCCGCCGACGAAGGGCACUGCUCCUCUCCUCAGCGCCGACGGCAGUACUCUCCUGGCUGCGAAGACGCAAAUCCUACAGCGAUGGGCCGAGCAUUACCGAGGUGUUCUCAUCCGCCCCUCCAUCAUCUCCGACGCCGCCAUCGAGCGUUUGCCGCAAGUGGAGACCAACGUGGACCUCGACCAUCCGCCAUCUCUCCAGGAGACCAUCAGGGCCGUGCAGCAGCUCUCCAGCGGAAAAGCACCCGGAUCGGACGCAAUCCCUGCUGAAGUCUACAAGUACGGAGGUCCCCAACUGAUGGAUCACCUGACUGCGCUCUUCCAAGAGAUGUGGUGUCAAGGUGAAAUCCCGCAAGAUUUCAAGGACGCAACAAUCGUGCACCUAUACAAGCGAAAAGGAAACCGCCAAAUCUGCGACAAUCACCGCGGCAUCUUCUUGCUGAACAUCGCCGGAAAGAUCUUUGCUCGCAUCCUUCUCAACCGCCUCAACAACCAUCUCGAACAGGGUCUACUGCCGGAGAGCCAAUGCGGCUUCCGUCGUCAUCGUGAGACCACGGACAUGAUCUUCGCCGCCCGUCAACUUCAGGAGAAGUGUCAGGAGAUGCGAACCCACCCGUACUCUACCUUCGUGGACCUGACGAAAGCCUUCGACACGGUGAAUCGUGAAGGACUGUGGAAGAUCAUGCAGAAAUUCGGCUGUCCGGAGCGAUUCACUCAGAUGGUGCGUCAGCUGCACGACGGUAUGAUGGCGCGAGUCACGGACAACGGAGCUGUCUCAGAGGCAUUCGCAGUGACCAAUGGAGUGAAGCAGGGAUGCGUGCUGGCGCCUACCCUCUUCAGUCUUAUGUUCUCUGCCAUGCUGAUGGACGCGUACCGCGACGAACGCCCUGGAAUCCGUAUCGCCUACAGGACGGACCGUUACCUGCUGAAUCAACGACGGAUGCACUUCCAUUCGCGCGUAUCCACCACCACCGUUCACGAACUCCUCUUCGCCGACGACUGCGCCCUGAACACCACCCCGGAAGAGGAGAUGCAACGGAGCAUGGACCUAUUCUCCGCCGCCUGCGAGAACUUCGGUCUGGUCAUUAACACGCAGAAGACGGUGGUGAUGCACCAACCGCCACCCCACUCAGUCACACCCCGCAACGCGCCGCAAAUCAACGUGAAUGGGACCCAACUGCAAGUGGUGGAGAACUUCUCGUACCUGGGCAGUACUCUCUCCCGCAACACCAAGAUCGACGACGAAGUCGCCAACAGGAUCUCGAAAGCCAGUCAAGCCUUCAGUCGCCUCCAAAGCACAGUUUGGAAUCGUCAUGGUCUUCAACUAAGCACGAAACUGAAGAUGUACAAGGCCGUCAUCCUGCCGACGCUACUGUAUGGAGCGGAGACUUGGACGGCGUACACAAAACAGGCACGCCGUCUGAACCACUUCCACCUCAGUUGUCUUCGUCGCAUCAUUGAGGCUGAACUGGCAGGACCGAAUUCCCGACACUGGUGUGCUGGAACGGACGGGAAUCGUCAGCAUCUACAUCAUGCUGAGACAAAUGCAGCUGUGUUGGAGCGGUCACCUGGUGCGCAUGGACGACGAGCGACUACCCAAACGACUCUUCUACGGAGACGUCGCGACGGGUUCUUGCCGCCAAGGAGGCCAAAUUCGCCGUUACAAGGAUACCCUGAAGUCCUCCCUGAAAUGCCUGCAAAUCAACCCCACCAACUGGGAGAAGCUCGCACUCGAUUGACCAACCUGGAGGAGGACAGUGAAGACAGGCGCUGCGAUCUACGAAGCAAACCGCAUAGCCGCCGCCAAAGCGAAACGUGAAGCCCGCAAAUCACAACUUCGCCCUGUCCGCAACGCCGACGCACAACCGCUUCCUACGUGUCCUCGGUGUCAACGGACAUUCCGUGCUCGAUUUGGACUUGUCGGACAUCUUCGGAUCACUUACGCCUCUCGGACUGCACCAACCAUUGUCCCCCCGCCUGCCUCUUCCUCGUCCUCUCCGCUGCGAACUAACUCUGACAAUUCUUUUGAACCCCCACUUCCAUCCUCCUCCUCCUCUUCCUCCCCCUCCCCCUCCUCCUCCUCCUCCUCCUCCUCAUUCACUGUCCCAACGGCGGCCGCUCAGGCGGCCGUCUCGCACAUCACCAACCGCGGCACCACAACAGGCACCACCCCCACCUCUUCCGACUCCAGCGAUGAGGAUCAGGACUACACCUGCCCUCACUGCAACCGCACCUUCACCUCACACAUCGGCCUGGUCGGUCACUUGCGAAUCCAUCGCACAGAGACUGGCGAACCAGUGCCUGGAGCACCAACCUACACCCACCGCACUCGCCUCCACUGCCCACACUGCCCUCGCACCUUCACGCAUCACAUGGGUCUAUGCGGCCACAUGCGCAUUCACGAGAGCGGAAUUGACCACAAUUCCGUCACACCCACCACAUCCAACACAUCCACCAUGCCCAGCACCACCCCCGCUCCAUCGCCAUACGCGUCCAUCACCACCACUACCACUACCACUACCACCACUGCUUCCUCUACAGCUGACACCGACAACGCCGACCUCUCAUGCCCACACUGCCCACGCACAUUCACCUCACGCAUCGGCCUGUUCGGUCACUUGUGA